GUACCAGACGACAGACAGUGAAAUCUAAGUCUGGACACAGGUAUCCAACAGCCAACCGUGGUUCAGAGUUGAUUCUUCCUCUUGUGGCCAAAGGCUUUACAGCAUGUCCGAAAUGCUUGACGACCUCUUCACGAAGAACUUUCUGAACUUGGCCCUCAACGAUGCCUUGCUCCCACAGCAGUCACAACUCAAAGUCCCAGGGCAGAGUCGGCUGAACCGGUCAGCCUCCUUCUUCACUCCUCCCUCCCCUCCCGAGUCUCUGAGCCUCAGCCUGAGAAGCGAGCAUGUCAGCGAUGAGGAAAAUGGCAGCUCUCCCUGGUCAUCCAACAUCUGGAGCCAGGCCCCGGUGUCCAAACAGAAGCAGCUUCCCUUCCGGCCCGACCGAUCCAUGAGCCUGACCGAGUCCAGCAGCAGCCUGCUCUCCUCCAUCAGACAGCUGAAGAAUCUGGAUGGGUUUCCCUCAGGCGGCCCCGCUCCGGCCGUGGCUCCUCCGCCCGGCUUCCCUCCCUCGUCCACCCUCCCGGCCCAGGUCCCGCCGAUGCUGUCCUCCAACCGUUACAAAACUGAACUGUGCCGCGGCUUCCAGGAGACCGGCAGCUGCAAGUACGGCAGCAAAUGCCAGUUUGCUCAUGGCGAGGCAGAGCUGCGAGGACUGUACCGACACCCCAAGUAUAAGACCGAGCCCUGCAGAACCUUCUACAACUUUGGUUACUGCCCCUAUGGCUCCCGCUGCCACUUCAUCCACGAGGAGAAAAUCAGCAGCAGUGCAAUGCCAUCUGCCAAAUUCCAGAGCCAGCUGAACGCCACAACAACCGGUGGGCACAAUCCACGCCACCAGCUCCGCCAGAGCGUCAGCUUUGCCGGGUUCCUGGGGUCUUCGCGCAGCUCACCUCCUCCAUCAUUCCCUUCGUCCUUCAAUGACCCUAACCUGGGGUUUACCCGGGCUCCGUCAGUGUCUCCACCUCCCGCUGACCUCCUGUCUCCGGUGUUCGGAGACGCCAUGCAGCGGGAGGCGGCCGCCUUCCAGUUUGGCAACCAUCAGACCCGCGCCAGCACCGGAGACAUCCAUAACAUUCCUGUCAUCCUGGAGCCAAAGACUUCCCGCUGUGUGUGUGGCCAUGGAAAUAACUUUAACAGCAACAACAGCAGAGUUAUAAGCAGCAUGGAAGACGAGCAGUAUCAGGACAGCGGCAUGCUGUUCCCCGGUCCGGGAGCCCACGGCGGAUUCGCCAGGCCCGCUGGGCUCCAGCGUUUUUCCUCUGAGGACUCCCUGGAGGACAGCUACAGCAGCAGCAGCAGCGGCUCCAGCGGGAGCGAGUCCCCAACGUUCGAUGGCUCCGCCACCAAGAGGCUCACCGUGUUCGAGCGUCUGUCCCUGUCCGACUGAACGGAAGAGACACUUUAAGAACUCUUGUCUGUCUGGACCUUCCUCAGAACCAGAACAAGUCAACGCGUUGCUACAAUAACACUUAAAGUUCUUAAUUUAUCUUUGUAAAAACUCAUCAUAGACAAACUACACAUUCUGUGAUCAUGUUAGUAGCCAAAAGUUAUCACACUUUAUUUUUAUACCUACAGAUAAUGUGUAGCCUGCUGGGCCAUUGUAUGUGGUCCUCUGUAAGAAAGAACUCAUUACCAGCUCAUAUCCUGGUUUAUAGUUGAUCAAAAUGGCUUAUCUUGAGUGAUUAUCAAUAUCUCUGUGCCUUUAAGAUUUCUGCCUGCCUUAUGGGCUAUUAAUUCUGUGUGCCACAAACAGUAUGUUGAUUCAGUAGCCUUAAUCAAUGAGACCUGACAUGAGUCUGUGAUAUGCACUUUACAGCUAAUUGAAAUGGGAGAAGCUGUCAGAUCUCCCGGUAGCAUUCAGCCAAAGCUUCUCACUUCACUUUGCUCUGUUUAUGAAUGAGUGUAUGUGUGUGUGUGUGUGUGUGUGUGUGUGUGUGUGUGUGUGUGUGUGUGGAUGUGUCUGAAUAUUUGGAUGGGUGUGUGUGUGUGUGUGUGUGUUCGUGUGCCAUAGUUUGUUUUUUUUCUGAGACCUGGGGUGCAUGCAAAUAUAAGUUGCCGAAUUUCGAAAGAUCAAAGCGUGCAGAGAGAUAAAGUUUAGUCACUGACUUUUGACCUGAACAUCCGUAUCCUAAAACACUUGACAGGAUUUGCAGAAAUCAAUCAAUUCUCUUUGAUUUGCUGGUUUUGUAAACUGCACGCCCUCUUUUAUUUCCCCAUUUGUUCGACAGCCUGGUUCAGGGAACACCGCAGUAUUCCUUUUGGUUAUUGGUUGCCUUGUGUUGUUUAACUUAAAGUAAUAUAUUUAUUAUGAUAUUUAUUUGUGUUUAAAGAAAAAAACAAAUGUAUUUUGUACUUUAUUUAUGGAAAAAAAUAUUUCAAGGUCUGUGAAAUAACAAUGUGAGAAAAAAAGCAGAAAAAAAGAGAAUCCUAUAUUUUUAAUUACCUUAAAGGGACAAAAUAAAUUUCUGAAUAAAGAAAUGAUUGUAAGCUA